GCCGCGACCAUGGUGGCGCUGAAGGGUGUCCCCGCGCUGCUGUCCCCCGAGCUGCUCUACGCGCUGGCGCGCAUGGGGCACGGGGACGAGAUCGUGCUCGCAGAUGCGAACUUCCCCACGGCCUCCGUCUGCCGGGGCGGCCCCCAGGAGAUCCGCGCGGACGGCCUGGGCAUCCCCCAGCUCCUGGAGGCUGUGCUGCAGCUGCUGCCCCUGGACAGCUACGUGGAGAGCCCGGCUGCUGUCAUGGAGCUGGUGCCCACCGACCAGGAGAGGGGCCUCCAGACCCCCGUGUGGGGGAGCUACCGGUCCAUCCUCUGCAAGGCGGGCUGUACGAGCCAGCUGGCCAAGAUCGAGAGGUUUGCGUUUUACGAACGGGCCAAGAAGGCCUUUGCUGUUGUGGCAACAGGGGAGACGGCCCUCUACGGGAACCUCAUCCUCAAGAAGGGGGUGCUGGCCCCCGAAGCCCUGUGCUAGGCCUGACGAAGACCCGGGGCGUCAGGUGGAGGGCGGGCUUGCUCCCUGCUCAUGAAUACAGUGGAAAAGCUCCCGAGGUUCCUGCGGCAUCAGCUUGGCCUGUCCACUCGCUGCCCACUUGUCGCCGGGG